AUGAUUAUCCUCAUUCUGCUGCUCCUGCUAAUGCCCCAUGAUGUCUUCGGGGCAGCAAAGGUAAAAUGCCCCUUGAAUCUGAUCCCAGAUGAAAACGAAGCUGUGAAUUACUACAUGCCAGGAGACCACCUCAUUGGCGGAGUCCUGUCUCCAAAAAGGGGUUUCUUUGAACCAUUCCUGUUUUCCAAACCUCCAUUGUCUAAGACUAAAGCAGUGUCCGUAACAAGGUACUGGCAUGUCUUCUCCUUCCUGAUUGCCAUUUUUGAGAUCAACCAGAACCCCAAGUUCUUACCCAACGUGACCCUGGGAUACAGCUUCUAUGAGAACCUUUUCAAUGAGAGAAUCACUUCCGAUGCCAUGCUAGACCUGCUUGCAGGUGGCGAAAGCAGCAACAUCCCAAACUACCAGUGUGGGAAACACAAUAACCUUCUGGCUGUUCUUGAAGGGGCCAAUUCUGACAUCUCCAGACAGAUUUCAACCAUGUCGGGCAUGUACAAAAUCCCACAGGUCAGUUAUGGCUUUGCUCGUGAUGACAAAACCCAGUUCCCUUUUGUCUACCGGAUGUUCCAAAACGAAGAAGCCCAGUGCCUGGGGAUUGUCAAACUGCUCCUGCAUUUCGGGUGGACGUGGGUCGGCCUCUUUACCCCAGACAGUGACAAUGGAGAAAGGUUCAGGAGGGCUUUGACAUCUCAGCUCAUCGGGAACAACAUCUGCGUUGCCUUCUCCAAAAGGCCGUAUGAAACAUGGUUCCAGAGUGACCCUCCAGACAUGUGGAGACGAGUCAAUGUAUUUGUUUGCUAUGCGGACUCUGGCUUUGCUUUUGGUCCUGUUGUCAUGGUGCAACAAAUCCUGGAAGAGAAGCUGACAACAGCUGCAGGGAAAGUCUGGAUCACCACAGCUGUACAGGACAUCAACCUGAUCUUGUAUUAUGGUUUUGCCUUGUUCCGGCACAUUCUCGGCUCGUUCUCAUUCACAAAGACAAGCAAGCAGGUGAAGCAUGGCUUCUACGAACCAUAUUCCUCCUUUCUCGAGUCACUUUGGAAGAGAGCAUUUGACUGUUCCUACUGCAAGCACAAGUUGUCUGUGAAAGGCUGGACAAGAUGCACAGUGCAUGAGAAAAUGGAUCUCCUGCCGCAAAGUGAGCGUGAAAGAAUCCUGUCCCAGGACAGCUACAGGAACUACAACAUUGUCCAGGUCCUGGCACAUGCUUUGAAUGCUGUUUAUUCACAGAGAUCCAAGCACAAGAUCUCAGGGGAUGGCGAUAGGUUGGAACUUCAAAGGCUGCAUCCAUGGCAGUUUAUCGCUUUCUUAAGAGAAGCCCACCUUGCUAAUAAUACUUCUGUCGAUUGGAAGGAGGAGCCGGCAGCCGACUUCGACAUCAUAAAUUGGGUGCGGUUUCCCAACAAAUCUCACGGAAGAGUGAAAGUUGGGAGCAUCGGAGGACAGCAUUCCCAACAAUUCACCAUCAACCCAGGCGCUGUGGAGUGGCCCUUGCCAUUUAACAAGACUGUGCCCCAUUCCAGGUGCACUGAGAGCUGUCGCCCUGGAUACGCCAAAGAGAUACAGGACAGGAAGCCCAUUUGCUGCUACUCUUGUGCUCCGUGUGUGGAAGGGACCAUCUCCACUCAAGAAGAGAUUGUGUUAGGAAUCUUCAUCAAAUACCUUGACACUCCCCUAGUCAAAGCCAACAACAGGGACCUCUCCUAUAUCCUCCUUGUCUCCCUCCUGCUUUCCUUCUUGUCCUCCUUCCUCUUCAUUGGCCAGCCAAGAAAAGCGACCUGCGUUCUCCAACAAGCAGCCUUCAGCGUCAUCUUCUCGGUUGCCGUCUCUUCCGUCUUGGCAAAAACCAUCACUGUGGUUCUGGCCUUCCUGGCCACCAAACCAGGGAACAGACUUUGA